AUGUCAUCAACUACGUUAUCAGAACACUCGUUAAAAGACCUUGACCAUAAGCUACUUGGCUUGUUACAUAAAGCUUACGUGUUGGUUGGUCCGGCCGAUGAAGAAAGUCAACAGGCUGAGUCAUUGCAAGAAAGGUUGAGCUCGAGAUUAAAUCAGAUUUCUGAUGAAGGGAAUCAACAAUCAGAGGAGUUGAAUAAAAAUAAAACCAUAAGAGAAACUUUUGUCGCAAAAUGUUUGGAAAUUCUGGAAGCUCUGGAAUCAACCUUAAGGAGCAUCAAUGAUAUUAAAAAUCAGACGUUGGUCGGGAAUAAUAAAUUACAAGAACCGGAUGUUUUAGGUGUAAGAGAUCUAAGGCUUGUUCAUACGAUGCUAGAGAUCAUAAUAAGUUGGGGUAUAUACCCGUGCCUUCUUCCAGGAGUCGGGAUUCCGAUUUCACGUAGGAUUCGAUCUGGAUACAUUCAGAAUGAUUUUUUGGAAAAAGUGGCAAACAACGAAGGAAAUACAACAUUCGGAGAUUCACGGUCAAAGUCAAAAUAUCUAUUCAGCAUAUUAAAAUCGUUGACAAACGUUAUGCUUUUUUCGCCAAGCAGAUUAACUCCAAUCACCACAGUGUCGUCCAUCAUAUAUAGAAAACACAUCACGGAUGUUUAUGCUGCGUUGUUGCAAUUGGCCUAUGGACCAAUUUUAUCAAAUGAUGGACAAGGGUUGGAACGGCGCAAGGCGAGGCAACAGUUAAUAACAGUAUUGAAUGAAGAAAACGAUGGAGUGAAUGCAAUGGUUGAUGAUAAGAAACCCGGAGACCCUGAACUAGAGCAAAUGCGCAAAGAGUGCAUAUCACUGUUUCGGGAAAUUUUCGAAAGAUCGGAUUCUUUUCAGUCCUUAGAAGCUUUGACCACACUUUUAUCAUCAUCUCCAUUACAUCAGUCACCUAAAUGGUUGAAAAAUGUCUGCGGUAGAUAUUUGACCCGAAUUUUAUUGAGGCAAAAUGGUGUAAAAAGUGUUAUUGAAUUUAUGAUCGGAGGAGAGAGUGAAGCAAGUUUAUCCAAGGUGGAAGCCAUAUCUCAAUUAAUACUUUCUGUUCCGAAUACAGUGAAAUCUUUGGAGGCAUAUUUUUCCAUAAUAUGCCCGCAAUUGCUGUCCAUAGUUCAGUCAUCUUCAACACUAUCUCGCAAUUCCGACACAAAACUGAUAUUUUUGCCAAUUGUAAAUGUUGCAUCAUUGAUAAUUGCAAGAAUGUUUAGCAAGUUUCCCACAAUCACAAAGAAAUUCAUAGUCACCAAGGUAUUUGGUACAAUGUGGGCAUGGUGGGGUAUAAAUAUGAAGAGAAAAAAUCAACUAUUGCUGAAUCAUGAUUUUACCACAGACCUUGAUCCAUUGAUAAUGGAUGAACAAACAUUGCAAUCUACCAUUUCUGUGGUACAUCAUAUAUUAGUUGGAAGUGAACCAAUACCUGAUUUAUUACAAUUUUUCUUAGAGGAUUCUGUUGCACCAUUAUAUUAUUUGUAUUCAUUCACAUGCCAUUCAAAAUCUUUCUUGAAAGACAUUGUGAUGGACAUUCUGUUGACUUACUUUAAAAUUGUGUCGGUCAGUGAGGGCGUUGAGACAUUCAAGGAAAUAGUAUUUAGGAGAAAUAAAAGGUUGAUUGCUCCUAAAUUGGGGGAGAUUGGAGAGAUCUAUUUUGCCCCUGGGCCUUCAGGAGGUGUCGUUAUGAGAUUACGGAUGGCUGCAAUCAAUACGUCGGUCACCACAACGACACUAGAUGUUAAUGUAUUUAUUGAUUUCGUGAAAUCCAUAUCAAAGAACGAAUUGUCUGGUGACCUCUUCAUGUACCUUCUCACGGAAUACACUUCAUCACUCUCCCUUCAACUGCAAGAGCCUAAUCCCAGACGCAUUCUCACAUUACUUCACAUAAUUAUGUCAAUGAUUGAUAAUCUUGGAUCAACCAUCUUACAAAAACCUGGACAAAUGAUUGCAUUUGUAAAUAAUGUGUUGGAGGAGUAUAACCUUAAAAGGGACAAUCAGAAGGGUCAUGAAAAUAUGGGAAUGAAAGGGGGAUUUAGGAUGCUGAAGCACAAAUCCCUAUCGGUAAAAGAUUCACAUAUUUUAAAUCUGGUCUCAAAUAAUCUGGUUCCACUUCAGUUCCAUCACAAAUCCUCAAUUUGUUCUCUGUCACGAGGACUGAGGCUAACGAUAUCUGCGCGUGAGGCAGCAUCUCAAUCCUCCUCAUCCUCAUCGCAAAAUUCGCAAGAAUCACAACGCAGAGAAGAAAGUUUAAAGAGAUUCCAAGAAGCCAUGGAUGCAUUGCAAGACGAAAUUCUCCCUAUAAAAGCGCGUGGGAUUACGAUGCUUAAAGAGAUGAUCCUUGAAAAGGAUGUGGUGAUGGAUGAAGGGGAGAAUUUGGAUAGGGUUUUUGACCUAUUCAUUCAGAUGGUUCAGGAUGACGAAAGCUUUAUCUAUUUCAACGCUAUCAAGGGAUUGUCAUCGUUGACCGAUGUUCAUGGCGAGCGGAUUAUAAGAAAAUUGAUGAAAAUCUAUUCAGAUUUCAGUCAAAAUUUGGAUAAUCGAUUGCGCGUAGGGGAAGCUAUUUUACAAACCGUUCAAAGAUGUGGCGAUGUACUUGGGAAAUACAUCGUUACACUUUUACCACCACUCCUGCACGUUCUAAAUAAAGAUGAAAAUUCUACAUUACGUAUCUCGGCACUGAGCAUUAUCGGGUGUGCGUGUGAGACAUCUCCGUUGGCCUUGACUUCGUGGUUUAGAGAUGUGGUGGAUUGGGUCUUAAAUAUAUUAGAUAUCCAAAGCGAGGCUGAAAUUCGAAGAGCAUCUACAGUAUUACUCAUUUCGUUAUUUCGUGGUUUAUCGUCACGUUCACAAACGAUCCAUCUGAUUCCAAAUUACUUACUGGAACGAAGUUGGCGAACGUUAAGAUACAUUGAGGAAGUCGACAAAGAUGAGUUGACUAGAUACCAGGCGAGAGUCGGAUUAUCCGAUUUAGAAGACAUAUCAAACAAUGAAUUAUUUGGAAAUAUCUAA